AUGCCUCCGAAAAUGGCACGCCAAUCACAAGUCCCACCUCAGACCCUUUCGCCCGUCAACUUGGGCUCUUCCGCCGGCGCCGCAGCCAAGCCGCCCGUCAACAUAGCUGACCUGUGGGCGCAGCUAGCAGCGGUGUCGCCAACCGGCGGAGGCCACGAUCGCUCCUCACCGGCCGGGGUGCCGAGACGGCCGCUCACCUUCAAGCAGCAACUGCUCUUGGGAAGCAUGGGAUGUCACGAUGAGGACGUCCUGCACGCGAAGCACACCAACGCCGAGUUCAACGUGCUCCUGGCCGAGGGCCGAAAGUACAGGGACGACUUCCAGGCGCAGCACGGCGCCAAGCCCGCCAGCACGUUCUUGUACAACGUGACGGCAGAAAUACAUGAGGGCGACAUGCCGGACAAAGCAACGGUGAUGCACGCGACAGUCAUGCAGCUGUGGAUCACGGCUGCCGGCAGCCUGCGAGCGGAUACCGCCAUUGCGCUCAUCUAUGAUUACGGCAUGGACGCCAGCAUCGUCCUCAAGGCGGACCAAGACUUCGCGCUCUCGGUGCUGACGGCCACGCAGCAGGCCUGGAUGAAGGAUGACGCCCACCACUACCAACCCUUCCGAGACCACUUCACCCUCACGCGCCUCAUGUCCACCGCCAAUCCUGCUCUAGCCCAAAAAAUGGAGACCCUCUACAUCGCGCAGUUCAAGGCUCGGGGGCCGAGCGGCUACAAUGUGCUGCACGGACCGCCUUCCGCCAGCCCGGCCUUCUACAUGAUGAGCUGGCAACGCUUUAGAAACGUGGGCAGCUGCUUCACAAGGGACCCCCUCUUUGUACGGAGUGAAGCUGUACGAAGUGAAGUGGGGUACGAAGUGAAGCUGUACGAGGUGAAUUUCUGUACGAAGUGA